GGUGGAUCUGCGUCGUCAGUCCAGUGAUAGUGACGGAAAAAAUGGCUAAAGGUUCUCCAGCAGUCUUGACCAUCGCAGGCUCUGAUUCGAGUGGGGGGGCUGGUAUACAAGCAGACCUGAAGACAUUUGCAGCCUUCGGGUGUUACGGUGCCAGCGUGAUCACAGCACUCACAGCACAGAACACCAUCGGUGUACAAGCUGUUCAUGGGGUUCCUCCAGAAUUUGUUUCGCAACAGAUAAAUUCCGUGCUAAGUGAUAUAGAUGUUCGCGGAAUGAAGACCGGUAUGCUCUUCGACUCUGCAGUUAUCCAUGCGGUGUCCUCCACUUUAAAGGAGCAUUUCACAAACAAAGGCGUGAUCCCCUUGGUCUGCGACCCCGUUUCCGUCUCGACCUCCGGUCACUCCUUGUUGCAUCCCGAUGCUGUUGAUGCCAUGGUAGACGAAAUAUUCCCUUUAUCCUGCCUUAUAACACCAAACAAGUCUGAGGCAGAGCUACUGCUGCGCAAACGGGGAUUUCCCUCCUUGAUUAACACUGUGCAAGACAUGAUAAUCGCUGCCCAAAAUCUGUCGACCCUCGGAUCGAAGGCUGUCCUGCUCAAGGGAGGACACAUAAACAUAACUCGAGAUGACUUAAAUGGCGUAGUUUCGCUUGCCGUCGCGGAUAUCGAGGUCAAUCAUGACUUCAUAUUUGACAAGAACGUCGAGAUUCUUCAGGCGCACAACGCUGCGAACUUGACGAAUGAACUUGUCGUCGACGUCCUUUACAUCCACUCUGAACGAAAGGCUAUCCUAUAUCCAAGACCACGCUUGGUGUCUUCGAAUACCCAUGGAACUGGCUGUACCCUAAGUGCAGCCUUGGCUUGUGCUCUUGGAAGAGACAUUGCCUUGGCCGAGGCAACCGCUCAAGCCACGUCGUACACUCACUUAGGAAUUGAAACCGCUUCUCCAAUUGGCCAAGGUUUUGGUCCCUUAAAUCAUCUCCACUCUGUAACGAAGUCAUUGAUCGCCCCACGGACAGUCGGAAAUCCCUUCCCUCUGACAUAUAGCCUCAUUCGAGACACUUCGGCUACAUGGACCAAGUACGUGCAGCAUGAAUUUGUCGUCCAACUUGGCAAAGGCACGCUUGAUCGGUCGUCCUUUAUUCAUUUCAUCAAACAAGACUAUCACUAUUUGAAGUACUACGCCCGAGCACAUGCCCUCCUUGCUGCUAAAUCGGAUAAUUUCACUCCGAUCUUGGCAGCCACCCACAUUGUGUUGCAUAUUGCUAAAGAGAGUUCUAUGCACACGUCCUACUGUGCCCAGUGGGGUAUCACUAAAGAGGAGCUAGAAUCGACGCCCGAAUCAACCACGACGACGGCUUACGGUGCUUUCCUUCUAGACACGGGGCUGCAGGGCGACACGAUGAAAUUGGUAAUGGUGCUAGCCGCUUGCCUCCUUGGAUAUGGUGAAGUUGGCCUGUGGCUGAAGAGCGAGGCACAAAAACCGAAUUCCUGGGUCGUGUGGGAAGGAAACCCGUACCUCAAGUGGAUGGAGGACUAUUCCGGAGAGGACUAUCAGAAUGCAGUGAAAGUCGGUCUCGAAACGAUAGAAAGUCGCGCAUUGCAGGAUCCUCCUUCUGCCGCACGUUAUGCUGAGUGGUUGGCUGUCUGGGAGAGGUGCACAAGCCUCGAGAAGAGCUUUUGGGACGUGGCUAUGAACCUGUCAUAGCAACUGAUGUACGCGAGGACCUGGCCACUAUUAACUCCUGUAGAGAUGUACUUCGUAGCAAAUAUCCAACGCCCAAACUUGGCCUCAGACAAUCAACGAUCGCUAUUGUUUCCAC